AUGAAGUUUGUCAAUAUUGCCCUGUCAGCAGCCUCCCUGGCCACAGCUGCUGUUCUUCCUGAGGCGUCCAGCAAGGUUAACUAUGAUGGGUACAAAUUGUUCCACGUCGACGUUCCCGCCCAUGCGACCGAAGGGCUGUCAAGUCUAUACAGUAUCAGCUCGUCGCUCCAAGAUACUGUCAAACUCCAGGGUUGCAGCCAUGAUGAUCACCUGGACUUUGCAGUCCCUGCACACGAGGUUGACGCAUUUCACGCACUCGGACUGAAUGGUAGUCUUGUCGAGGAAGACUUAGGUGCUGCCAUUGCCGCAGAAGGACCUCUUGUUGCUUAUUCAUCACCAGCAGCAUCAGCCCUGCCCGGCACUGAUUGGUUCAGCGCGUACCACUCAUACGCAGACCAUCUGCAGUACUUGACUGACGUCCAGGCGGCAUUCCCCUCCAACUCAGAGAUCUUCGUAGUCGGCCAGACUUUUGAGAAGAGAGCCAUUACUGGUAUUCAUCUCUGGGGUAGCGGUGGAAAGAGUUCCAAACCUGCUAUCUACUACCACGCUACGGUUCAUGCGAGAGAAUGGAUCGCAACGAUGGUUGCAGAGUAUAUUCUUUACUCCCUUGUCUCUGGUUACAGCGCUGGUACCACCAAGACCUUCUUGGACAAUUAUGACUUCUACAUCAUCCCUGUGAUCAACGCCGACGGUUUUGUUUAUAGCCAGGGAACCAACCGCUUGUGGCGCAAGAACCGACAAACUCGUUCUGGAAUCUCAGCCGUAGGAACUGACAUCAAUCGUAACUGGCCGUCUCACUGGGACGUGUCAGGAGGGGCUUCAACUACGCCGUCUGCUGAAGACUACAAAGGCCAAGCUGCUUGUGAUACCCCUGAAUGCAAGGUUCUCACCACGUUUUCUACCAGCGUCGCGGCCGCACACGGCAUUCCAUGGUACAUCGACUUCCACAGUUAUUCUAAGGCUAUUCUCUUGCCGUACGGGUACAGCUGCUCCGCUAAAGUCGCGAAUCUUGCGACACAGCAAAGUCUUGCAAACUCGAUGAAGUCGUCUAUCGCCACGGCUUAUGGGACUUCAUUUGUGGCGGGCCCUAUCUGCACCACCCUCUACCAGGCUACCGGAGGUUCGACUGAUUACUUGACUGAUGUCACCAAAGCCACAUAUGCUUGGGCCAUCGAGCUGCGUGGUACAUCGUUCGUGCUGCCUGCCGACGAGAUUCUGCCCAGCGGUAUCGAGAUCUGGAACGGCGUCAAGACAGUGCUAAAUUCGCUCCUCAGCGCUUGA